GUUUUUAAAGCCGAAUGUAGGUUACUGCAAAACGACUUGUAUAUUUCAGAUGUUAUUGUCGGUUGAGCACCUGGCUGAUGAGGGAGGAAGGACUCUGCUCAGAGUUUGCAACAGAAAGGAAAAGUCAGCGCUGGAGUGGCAGCUUUCACACUACAGCCCUCGCUAUGGAUUGUAUGUAUUUAUUGAUGUGCUUUUCACUAAGUCAGUUAUUUUUGGAUCAUAUUUUCGCUGCAGAAACGCAAGAAAAACUCUCUGGAAAGUUAAGUGAAUAUGGUCUCAUCGUGCCAUUCAGCACAGACUCCCACGGCCGCUACAUUUCUCACGUGGUCUCUUCUGGAAGUGGAAGUAAAAGUGAUGCCGCCACUGCUACUGCUGCUGCUGCUGCUGCUGAUGAUGAUGCCGCCUCCAACUUUGGCAGUAGAAAAAGAAGGGUGGCCCGGGGUGCCCCCAAGAUGCCCACGGUCACCCCUGCAUCGGCUCAGCACUUGUUUUUCAAUGUCACUGUUUUUGGGAAGGAACUGCACCUCCGACUGAGGGCCAACAGGAGGCUUGUGGCCCCGGGAGCUUUUGUGGAAUGGCAGGAGGACUUUGUUGAAAAGGCGAAGGAGCGGAUCCAUGGGGACUGUGUUUUCACGGGGGACGUGAGCGACAUGCCAGAGGCCUCAGUGGCUAUCAGCAACUGUGAUGGAUUGGCAGGUCUGAUCCGGACUGAUAAUGGAGAGUUUUUCAUUGAGCCCCUCGAGAAGGGCCAGCAGGAUGUGGAAGUGAAGGGGCGUGUCCAUGUGGUCUACCGCAGGUCGGCCAUCAAGCGGGAGUCGGGCCAGCGGAGGGAGGACCUCCACAAUGAAGUCACAGACUUUGGGAUCGCAAGCCUACCUGCAUCUCUGGACCUCGUCGAACACAAACUUUCAGAGUCCGAGCGCAAGAGGAGGCACGCGAAGAAGGACGACUACAACAUUGAGGUGCUGCUGGCUGUAGAUGACUCGGUGGUUCGCUUUCACGGCAAGGAGCACGUGCAGAAUUAUGUCCUCACUCUCAUGAACAUAGUUGAUGAAAUCUACCACGAUGAGUCUUUGGGCACCAACAUCAACAUCGUCCUUGUGCGCAUGAUAAUGGUCGGGUACAGACAGUCUAUAAGUCUGAUCGAGCGCGGCAACCCAUCCCGCAGCCUGGAGCAGGUGUGCCGAUGGGCCAACACGCAGCAGCGCCGCGACCCCGACCACGACGAGUACCACGACCACGCCAUCUUCCUCACAAGGCAAGAUUUUGGUCCAGCAGGUAUGCAAGGUUACGCUCCAGUGACAGGGAUGUGCCACCCACUGAGGAGCUGCACUCUGAACCACGAGGACGGCUUCUCCUCCGCCUUUGUGGUCGCUCACGAAACCGGCCAUGUGCUCGGCAUGGAGCAUGACGGCCAAGGUAAUCGUUGUGCAGAUGAGACCAGCAUGGGCAGCAUCAUGGCACCGCUUGUCCAGGCAGCUUUCCAUCGCUAUCACUGGUCACGUUGCAGCAAGCAGGAGCUCAAUCGAUACAUCCACUCCUACGACUGCUUGCUGGAUGAUCCUUUUGAACACAAGUGGCCCAAGCUUCCUGAGCUCCCUGGAAUAAAUUAUUCAAUGGACGAGCAGUGUCGCUUUGAUUUUGGCGUUGGAUAUAAGAUGUGCACAGCUUUUCGAACCUAUGAUCCUUGCAAGCAACUUUGGUGCAGUCACCCUGACAAUCAGUACUUUUGUAAAACCAAGAAAGGGCCGCCGGUGGAUGGAACAGAGUGUGCCGUAGGAAAGUGGUGCUUUAAGGGCCACUGCAUCUGGAAAUCCAGCCAGCAGCCUCAGGGCCAUGACGGGGGCUGGAGCUCCUGGUCAAAGCUUGGCACCUGCUCCAGGACAUGUGGAGGUGGAGUACGCUCCCGAAACAGACAAUGCAACAACCCUCCGCCAGCCUACGGUGGUCGAGACUGCCCCGGCUCUGCUUUUGACUACCAGAUGUGCAACACGGAGGAGUGUGGCGGCCCGUACGAAGACUUCCGUUCUCAGCAGUGUAUCACGAGGAGCAACAAAUACCACAAAAACAUCAAGCACACCUGGCUGCCCUAUGAGCACCCAGAUGAGGCUCGUAAGUGUGAGCUGAGCUGUAAGUCCAAGGAAACAGGAGAGGUGGUGUUCAUGAACCAGGUGGUGCAUGAUGGGACGCGCUGCAGCUACUCAGACCCCUUCAGUGUGUGCGCUCGAGGAGAGUGUUUGCACGUGGGCUGCGACAAGGACGUGGGCUCUUACAAAGAAGAGGACAAAUGUGGUGUGUGCGAGGGCGACAACUCGCACUGUCGCACCGUGAAGCUGACUCUCACAAAGACGCCAAAAAAGACAGGAAUGCUGAAAAUGUUCGACAUCCCAAUAGGAGCCAGACACAUUGUCAUUGAAGAGAAUGAGACCUCGCCUCAUAUAAUUGCUGUGAAGAAUCAAGUAACUGGAAACUUCAUUCUGAAUUCAAAAAGUGAAGAAGCAGAAUCAAAGAGCUUCAUAGAGAACGGCUUGCAGUGGGAGUACUCUAUGGAGGGUGAGAAGGAGACGCUGAAAACAAGCGGUCCCCUGCAUGAAGGCAUCGUAGUGCUGGUCAUUCCCCAGGAAGAAGAAGCAAAGAUUAGCUUGACGUAUAAAUACAUCAUCCACGAGGACUUGCUUCCGCUCAUCACCAACAACAAUGUCCUUCUGGCUGAGCUGGACACUUACGAGUGGGCGCUGAAGAGCUGGUCUCAGUGCUCUAAACCUUGUGGAGGAGGCAUUCAGUACACUAAAUAUGGAUGCAGAAGGAAGAGUGACAGCCGCUUGGUGCAUCGCAACUUCUGUGAAACCAGCAAAAAGCCCAAACCCAUCCGCAAACGCUGCAACAACCAAGAGUGCAGCCAGCCAACGUGGGUGGUGGAAGAGUGGAGUCCUUGCAGUAAGACGUGUGGGAAGCUCGGUUACCAAACCAGGGUGGUGCAGUGCAUGCAGAUGCUCCACAACGGCACCAACAGACCAGUCCACAGCAAACACUGCACCGCUGACCGGCCAGAGAUGAGGAGGGCCUGUAACAGCACUGCAUGCCCGCCUCAGUGGAGGACAGGGGCCUGGUCUCAGUGUUCGGUGACCUGUGGCGAAGGCAUACAGCAAAGACAGGUGGUUUGCAAGGCCAGCGACAACACCAUCGGAGAGUGCGAGGGCGAGAAGCCCGAAACCGUCCUCAUCUGCAACCUGAACACAUGUCCAGGACAACCAGUGUCCUCUCUCACGGUGGAAACAAUGGAGAACUCCACGAUAAAAGAUGGAGCAGAGCACCAAAGGGACCCUGAAAACCCUGUCCACAAAAUCUCCUCGAAUGAGCCAUGCCUGGGAGACAAAUCAAUUUUCUGUCAGAUGGAGGUUCUCGCCCGUUACUGCUCCAUCCCUGGAUAUAAUAAGCUCUGUUGUGAGUCUUGCAACAAGAAAGACAUCUUUCCUACGCACACUCUUGACCUCCUGAACACCCCUGUGGCUUCUGUGGAACCUGAGACCUCUGCCCCUUCUCACGCUGCAUCACCAAAAGCUCCUCUAACAACGCAGAGCCCACCUCAAACCACUAAACCCAUCAGCAGACGGCUUCGCUCCACCACUCCAGUGCCUACCACCUCCGCAGCCACAGAGGCCUCGCCAUCCACGGGUGCUGCUCCGCCCCAGGGUCCCUCCAGUGACUCCUUCCUCACAGCUGGGAGGGGAGACUCAGACCUGGGGCCUCUUCUACCUCCAGGGCCAGCACGGCCCACAGCGGACUCCAGUGGAAGUGCCUCCAAAGAGCACAGUCCAAACAGCACUUUAGGGCCGGUCGCUGCUGCUAGGUCAAGAAGGGACAAUUUAGGAUCAGAGAGGGACUCGAGUCACAGAACCCUGACAGUUUAGAAAACGAGGAGUGAUGUGAUCACGCUGCUCAGUGAGACGCUCUCGAACAUCAGCUCCCCGCUCGCAGCAUCUGAAAGACUCACAGUCUGGCUGCAGAUAUUUUCGUACUUUUUUUUCUUUUUCUACAAUAUUUUUUUCUUCCACUUCAGUGAACGUAAACCAGACCAGUGAUGGUACCUCAUCAAAACUCCAGAGUGAUCUGUGCGCAGUGUGGCUCCGCCCCUCGUGCCUCAAACGGAAGGAAUUAAUGGUUGUCAGGUGCUGUAAACUAAAACGACUACAAGACGUGCUCAAAAUGUGAUGACUGCAUUGCUACAUUCAUGUUUUUAUCUGUGUACAGUUGUGUAAGACUGUUUUUUUCAAGUGCAUUAGAACUACUAUUGAACUUGUAUUGUGAACAUUUGAGGAGAGGUAAUAGGCCAUGUUUAUGGAGGUGCGUGUGUUAGGUACAGAGACAUGAGUGUGCCAUGAGAAUGAUCAAAGAGUGACAGCAUUAAAGCUCCUGUAGGGAAGUUUGAAGCUGGUUGUGAAAUAGACCAAAAAUGACUGUUGAUACCUCUAAAUACAAAAGUAAAGCAGUACAUUAGGAGGAAGAUUUUCUUUUAUUAUAAAGAGAUUUUUAAUCACUGUUUUGGCUGCCACGGAAUCGGUGUCAACUCGCUGCCAAAACAACCUUUGUUGACCUUUUUUUUUCUCUGAAAAUGUUCACUUCAAGGACAGAGGAACGACUUUUUAUGUUACAGCCAACUACUUGUGCAUACACAGGACAAACUUUAACAAGAGAUUACAGGUAUACGUUUGACCACAGGGGGCGCCAAAAACGACAUAAUGAAAAACCCUCACAGUAGCUUUAAAGUACAAUUAAUUAAUACAUUUCUCAGUUAAAUGCUCAUAUACAAAGGUGAUGCUGUUUUCAAUAACACAAAGAAAAUUUGCAUUGAAGAAAAUAAUUUUAAAAAUGAAUAUACUACAAUUCAGCACUUACCCCUGUCUCAUAAUUAUCUACUGUAUUACAUUACAGCAUGAUCAUCAGAGCUUCUUUUGACAAAGAAAAUGUCACAAACUCUUCCAAAUAUAUUUUUUCAUAUACUUUUCUUUUAUUGCCGAGCAGGACCGUAUUGAUGGGAUAUACAAGACACGUUUCUUUUUUCUACAUACAUCUGGAAAGGUGGGAUCUUCUAGAAACAGGCUUUAGUAAUGAAAAAUCAGUAUUCAUUAGAUCACUUAUCUGUACAGCGAGUACACCCUUUAUGACAGGUUCCAGCUGUCAGUCAACGCUACAAUUCCAGGGGCAUGACCAUAGACUGUAAGGGCAUGACAGAUGGAGUGAUACAUUACAGAACAAAGUAGGAAAGGUUAUCCGACAACUGAGGCGGAGUUACGAUUCUUUUCUUAUGGACACAGUUCUAAGUGCAGUAGACACAUUAAACAAAUUACAUUUAAUUAUUAUGGUAUAAAAAUACUGAUGCUAUAAGUUCUUAAUUUACACACGAGGUGUUUUGACCAUGACCGGAGGAAUUUUACCCCGGAAUUACGUGCGUUUUGACCAAAGGACCCAGGGCGAAAAAGUAGUUCAGGGGUAGAUAAUCUCCCCCCUAAAAAGCCCCUAUGAUCGCAUUUUAUUGUAUUUAAAUGACAAUUUAAUUUGAAAAUACAUUUUAUGUGUUUGUUUAUCUUUAUAUCCCAUCAAAAUUGCUUUCUUCAUAAAAAUUUAAUUUGGUUCUUAAGUUUUUUUUUCUUUUAAAAUUACUAUUGAAAUCAGGCGUCCUAUAUUCUGGUAAAUACGGUAAAUAAGAAGAUUGAUGCCCCUUGUGUCUGUGCAUUAUUAAUGGAGGUAGGGCCAAGACGCUGUUAGAUUUUUAUUUAUUUUUUUAAGAGAAAGAAAGACUGGAAACGGUGCAACUGUUAGCAGGGCUACGUUCAAGAAUCAAAUUCACAUCAUAUCUCACUAAAAUUGAUCCUGGUUUCUCGCUCGCUACAAGACAUUUUAAACAGUUUUUAAAAAAAACUCAACUCAACUCACCAAGAAGUUGCUUUUUGACCUCCAACCAAAACAUAUUUGUUUGUGCUAUUUUUAGCUUUAGCUUUUAAUAUUAGUAUUCCUCCAUUAUAUACAGAGCGAGGCAGUGUUUUAAUAUUUUUCCACCUAAACUCAGCAUGAAAAGUGCUUUAUUAAGGUUCAGAAUACCUUUCCAAUAUUUGACAUAUUAGAUCGUAAACAAGUGCUCAAAACAGUUCAACCAGCAGGGUUUGUUGCAGAGCCACAGAGUUCAAGCUGAUGACACGAAGCUAACAAAUCAUACAUCUUAUUACAAAAUAACCUCAGCAGGAAAUCAAUGGUUAGAAGUCUCCAGGAGCAAAAUUCAUAUGGUGUAGUUCAAAGUUUGGGAGAAAUCAAUUUGGUAGAGUACUUUCUAACAUUCAAAACCACUUCCUGCAAAGGUAAAAUCUGCCCUUUAACACAGGGAAACUCAAUAAAUAUGUUUAAUCUAAGAGGAAAUACAGAAAUGUGUUAGUAUGUAUCACUUGGGGCAUAAAGUAAAAUUUGGUUUUGAACUUAAAUGACCAUCACAUGUAUUAAAAUUUAAUGGUUUUUACUAAAACUACUGUUUAACAGCAGAAUACUUUAUACCAAACUAAGGAUCCAGCGAGGCAGUGUUUUCAGUUACUUCAAGUAUUUCAGGUUUGCUGUGGAGACAUGAAGGUUUGAUUUGAAGCAAGAAACUAAGAGAAUUGUUACCCCCAAAAAAGUCCCUCAUAACUCCUCCAUUCUAUUUGUCGUUUAAAGGCACAUGUACUUUACUUAGUUUAUGUUUUAGAGUGUAUCUAAUGGAUCAGAAUAAAACAGCUGUUAUCUCUUUUAUUGUUCCACUGGCACACUCCACCCUCCGUAUCCAUCACUCCAUGCAGGGAGCCAUUUGGUUUUCCUGUCCCUGGUGCUCUUACUUGUAUUUUUGUUUGUUUUUUUCACCCUUAAAUCCAACAUACUGGUGAUUCUCCUCACUGGUAACAAAUCACGGCAACCCCCACCGUAGCAUGCCCUCCGUCUGCCUCUGUGGAAGUCAGUCACUUACGCUUUAAAAAACGGAACGAUUGAAGAAACAACCCUUUCUGUUAUGUUGUUUUUGUAACUGAUAUAUUUUUCAGAUAAUAAUGUAUAUAGUGUAAAUUUUCCAGUUAUGAAAAGUAAUAAACAAACAGGAAUAGAGCAGAAGAUGUGAUGCAAUUGGAAAAUACAGGCGAUGCCUGACUGUGCUCAUUGCUCAUACUGUCACACCAUUCCUGCAUUGCAGUUCAUAACAUCAUUAUGUUUAUUGUAUAGUUCUUGUAUAUACGUACGUGAAUGAAAGCUUUAAAUGUUAAUAUUUAUUGAAUUUUUAAGUGAUAUGGAGAAAACAGUAAAACACAUUUGAAAGAAA